AUGACCACUGAUAUCCAAGGACAACGAGGAGUCAGUAUCCUCUCUACCCUUGAGGAAGGCUACCCCUGGGCAGAAGGAAGCGAUGCCUUUGGAGCCGAGAACUCUAUCAAGCGGCUCGGAGCAGCUAUGGCCACCUGGGUCGAAGUUUGGAUUCGUGAGCUGUUCGAAGACCCAAACAAACCCCUCGAACACUAUCAUGGUGAAGAUUGGGUGGUAGACGGGGCUUUGAAGCCAUACGCCACGAGCCAGCCCCUCACAAUGCAUAUAGUGGAGCCCUACAGUAGGGCUUCCAACAGCAGUCAAGCAGCUGUUGGUAUCAUCGCCAAUGCAAAAAAGAUGGGGAAGAGAUUACGGGACAUACCCUGCGCCGCCUGGCUUGACGCUGGAGUCCCUCAACAUGCGGCCGGAAACCCCAAAAUGGCCCGCUUCACCCUCUGGCCCGAUCGUGAAGCCCACGAUUUCGUGGAGAUAGCCAUCGAAGCUGUGAGAGCAGUAUUGCUAAAGCUAGCCAACGCAGCUGAAACCACAGAAGAGCAGCUCCAUCCCAAACAUCGGGAGCACACCUAUUACCACUUUCAAGCAGUUAACUUGAAAAGGGCCAUGGAGACAUUCACAGCCCUUUAUGUAACCCGAGCCAACAGUUCCAAGACCCCUGGAACCCCAGCUCUGGAAGCCACUGACCAAAUUUGGUUCUGUGCAAACAUCAUGGGGCAUACUACCAUAAUCUGGAUGAUCAAUGAAGACAGCUUUGAAGCUGACAAUGACUAUCCAGUUGUGUCAUGGUAG